CUGACCAUCAUGACGGAGAACAUGUGACUAUUCAUGUGACCCUGGACAUGUGAUCUCAUCAUGUGAUCGCGCUUACUCACCACAUGCAGGAAGAGAUUUCAGCUCAGACUGAAGGGAGAGAGGAUGCUGCUCCCGCUGUUGUUGUGUGUGGCCACGGUGAUGGCCAGACCCCCGAUGGAUCCCCAGCCACUCUCACCGCACUUUGUCAACCUCAUCAACAAACUGAACACCACUUGGCGCGCUGGCCAGAAUUUCCAAAAUGUUCCCUUCAGCCUGGUGAAGAGUCUCUGUGGGACCGUCCUGAAUGGACCCCGACUGCCCCUGAGGUCUCAGAACGUGGCCGUCAUGAAGCUGCCGAGGAGCUUCGAUUCCCGGGAGCAAUGGCCGCACUGCCCAACCAUUAAGGAGAUCCGUGACCAGGGCUCCUGUGGAUCGUGUUGGGCCUUUGGAGCGGUGGAAGCCAUGUCGGAUAGGAUCUGUAUCCACUCCAAGGGCCAGGUCAGUGUGGAGAUCUCUGCCGAAGACCUCCUGACUUGCUGUGAAAGUGAAUGCGGGAAUGGCUGCAACGGGGGCUACCCAUCAGAGGCUUGGAGAUACUGGACACAGGAGGGACUGGUGACUGGAGGGCUGUACAACUCCCACACAGGUUGCCGUCCGUACUCCAUCCCCCCAUGUGAGCACCACGUUAAUGGAUCGCGGCCCCCCUGCACUGGGGAGAUCUCCACGCCGCAGUGCACCAGGGUGUGUGAGUCUGGCUACACCCCUGACUACCUGAAGGACAAACAUUACGGUCUGUCUUCGUACAGUGUGAGUUCCGACCCCGAGGACAUCAUGAAGGAGAUCUACAAGAACGGGCCGGUGGAGGGAGCACUGCUGGUCUACACCGACUUCCUGCAGUACAAGUCAGGUGUUUACCAGCACAAGGUUGGGGAGGCUGUUGGCGGCCACGCCAUCAAGAUUCUGGGCUGGGGUGAGGAGGACGGGACCCCCUACUGGCUGAUCGCCAACUCCUGGAACACUGAUUGGGGCGAUCACGGUUUUGUGAAGAUCCUGAGGGGCAGCAACGAGUGUGGGAUCGAGGAGGAAGUUGUGGCGGGAAUCCCUCACGAGACCAGCUACUAGCAGGCCCUGUGCCUGGAGCCGGACACUGUCCCACUGCUGCAUGAAGCGAGGAGCAUGCCCGCCACAAUGCAGAGCCAGGCGUGGUUCGAACAAUCCCAGUGCAAUGCCCCGUCAGUCAGAGCGAUGAGCAACCGUCUCUCACCUUCACUUCUCUGCUUUCUCAUUUAUCACACGACUGCUGAAGCUGCUUUCUAAAGUAAUCAGGACACUAACACAGAUCAUCUUAAAUCAACAUCGAUUGUACCUAAAUAUAGAUUUUUAAAGUUUC